AUGGAGGCCGCAAGCGCCGCGACGCUGACCGCCGAGCGCGAGCAAAAGGCCACGGCGGAGAUGAAAUCCGCCAUGGAGGCUCUUCGUGAGAGAACGCAGCCGGAGGAGGAGCGGCCGUGGCGGUUGCGGAAGCCACUGGAGCGUGUGGUGGAUGAGCCCGACCCCUGCGGCGAAGCCCAGCAGCUGCAGUUGGAUCUUUUGCGAAAGGAAAACAGCGAUAAGCUGACGGAGCUUGAGCAGUUGCGGGAGCGGAUGAUCAAAGCACUCCGACAGGCUUCCGAGAACCACGCCUCGCACCUCCGCCUGGUGGAGGAGCGGCAUCGCCUCGUCAUCGAGGAGCAUCGCGAGGCUCAGCGCACACAGGAGCUGGAGAUUCAGAAGCUGCGUGCGCAGCUCGCCCGUGUGGAAGGGGGAACCUCUACUUUUUUAUUUCCUUCCAACGGUAGGUGCACGACACGGGAGAUUAUGGAGGAGCAAGCCCAGCGUGCGCAGACCGCGGAGCUUCGCCAGCUCACCGAGGAGCUUUCGCACGUUCAACUGCAAAAAGACGAGGUCACACGGCGUUAUGAACUCCUUUUGCAAAACUCUCGCCAGGAUACCGAGGAAGUGGUUAAGCGUCAGCAAUACCAGACAAACGCCCUGCAAAAACAGCUCACGGAGGCCCAACAGAUUCAUCGACGCACGCAGGAGGAGCUCACCACUUAUAAGGGAAAACUCGCACGGGCCCAAGAGGAGCUUCGUGGGCUGCGAAGCGAAGCGGACGAGGUACGUUCUGAGCGAGAAAGCAUCUCGGAGAGGCUCACCGCCGCGCAGGAGCAAAUAGCAAACUUUAAAGAGAAGGUUUUUCGUGCGCAGGCGGAGGGGCGGGCUGCGGUGGAAUCUGAAAAGCGUCGUGUAGACGCGCUUGAGCAGCGCGUUACCGAGGUGCUGCGCGAGCUUGACUCCGCAAGGACGAACUCCAACAGCGAAAGCCUCCGCGCGCAGGAGGAGCGCGAUGCGAGCCUCGCUAAGAUGCAAGAAAUCGAGCAAAAAGCUCAGGCUCUGAGAGAGGCCAUGCAGAGCAUACAGAUUGAACGAGAUCAGCUCCGCGUACAGCUCGGGCGUCUGCAGCAGGGCUUGGAAUUGCAUAAACAGCGGCUUGCCGCUGGUGAGCUGGAGAUCAGUAAGCUACGCGCGGAGGUUGCCACGGGGGAGCAGCAAAGGAAAAAAUUAUUACUUUCGAUGGAGAAGCUGAGCUUGGAGAAUGCGCGGCUCAUGCACUCGCGGGAUCGUCUGCUAGAAAGCCUCUAG